AUGAGUGGAAGGCCGAAGCCGAGAAGGGCCGCCAGGUUUUGUAGAAGUCAUUCGGAGGAAGCCAGCGACAGCGACAGUCUUAAUAUCCUGCCCUCGGAGCGCGGGAACCCCGACGCCAGCGGCUUAACCCAGUCGUGGAAGAUUGUCAUAAGCACGGUGUCUCUAUCGACUCUUCUUCUUAUAGGACUUGGCAAUCACAUGUGGCUUAAAGAAACGGAGUUUCCUCAGAAAUCCAGACAAUUUUAUGCUCUAAUUGCAGAAUACGGUUCGAGGCUUUAUAAUUACCAGGCCAGACUUCGGACGCCAAAAGAACAACUGGAGCUUUUAAAGAAGGAAAGCCAGACUCUGGAGAACAACUUCCGUGAAAUUCUAUUUUUAAUUGAACAAAUAGAUGUUCUGAAGGCAUUGCUUAGAGAUAUGCAGGACGGUCUGCACAAUUACAGCUGGAACGUGGACAGAGAUGAGGACCAGGAGCCCUUGGAGGCCACCGACGAGGUAAGGGAAAUGUCAAACUUGGUAAAUUAUGUCCUUAAAAAGUUGAGAGAGGACCAAGUCCAAAUGGCCGACUAUGCCCUUAAAUCAGCAGGGGCUUCUGUCAUUGAAGCUGGGACCUCGGACAGUUACAAAAAUAAUAAAGCAAAACUUUACUGGCAUGGGAUUGGGUUCUUAACUUACGAAAUGCCUCCAGAUAUUAUUCUCCAGCCGGAUGUCCACCCUGGGAAGUGCUGGGCCUUUCCGGGUUCCCAGGGUCACGCCCUGAUCAAGCUUGCCAGGAAGAUCACACCAACUGCCAUUACCAUGGAGCACAUAUCGCAGAAGGUGUCUCCCUCAGGAAACAUCUCCAGCGCACCCAAGGAAUUUUCCGUCUAUGGCAUCUCGAAACAAUGUGAGGGAGAAGAAAUUUUCCUAGGUCAGUUCGUAUAUAAUAAAACGGGAAGCACCGUUCAAACAUUCGAGCUCCAGCAUGACGUUUCUGAAUCCUUAUUAUGUGUGAAACUGAAAAUCCUCAGCAACUGGGGACACCCGAAGUACACGUGUUUAUAUAGAUUCCGGGUCCACGGUACCCCAGGAGAGUACCCCUAGAGAGGAACCCGUGCAGACGGCCAUGACCACAGGUCCAGAAUAUGGGACCAUUCUUAUUCCUUUAGAUCCACUGCACUUAGAGGAAUCCAAAAGGGAGUGGGAGGGAAAACUCAAAGUGGUUCAUACCUGCCAAUAAAAUGUGAAUGAGUUUUACUAGU